CGCUUUUUGCCGUGUGUGUAUAUGUUUAAUCUAACAAGAGACAUUUUAUUAUCACACAUGUUCGGUGUGAACCGAAGUCCGCAUUUGUGGUGGACUGGUAACUUGAAGCACGAGUCGAACCAAACAAAUUUACACCUGAAAGCGGAGCGGCGCUGAUGUUGAAACGCCACAGAAGAUGGCACUGCUGAGUCAGUGCGCCGUCAAGAUGCGAGAAGAAGAGUUCUCCCCCCGGUCGUGUUAUGCGUUUGAAGCAUGGCUCUCGUUCCUUAUCAGGCGAACCCGCUCCCCGCAUUCUCCAAACUCCACAACGCCUCGGCACAGUUCCGCUUUGCGAACCAGGAGCUCCGCCUGGCUCAGGACUGGAGGAGGCUGGGGGUGGCUGCAGUGGUCUGGGAUGCCGCGGUUGUUAUGUGCAUGUAUCUGGAGAUGGGAGCAGUGGAGCUGAAGGGGAAGAAGGUCGUUGAACUGGGAGCUGGGACUGGACUGGUGGGGAUUGUGGCAGCUCUGCUGGGUGCUCAUGUGACCAUCACAGACAGGAAGCCCGCCCUGGAGUUCCUGUCCGCCAACGUUGCGGCCAACCUCCCCCCGCCGGCCGGCGACUUGGUGGUGGUCUCGGAGCUGACCUGGGGUCAGGGCCUGGAGCGUUACCCCGAAGGAGGGUUCGACUUGGUCCUGGGAGCGGACAUCGUCUACCUGGAGGAGACCUUUCCCUCCCUGCUGCAGACCCUGGAGCACUUGUGCUCGGACAGCACCGUCGUUCUGCUGGCCUGCAAGAUCCGCUACGAACGGGACGCGCGCUUCCUGAGCAUGCUGCGGCGCGGCUUCACCGUGGAGGAGGUCCACUACGACAAAGACAGGGACAUCCGUCUGUACCGGGCGUCCAGGCUCCCAAGAAGGGAUUUAUGACAAGUCAGAUUUAUGUUUUACAAAGCAAUCCGAAAGGGUUUGAGAUUUUUUUUUUUUUAUAAAAUAGAAGAAAAGCGCAACAACACAUUUAUUUUCAGCUGCCAAAACUCUCAUUUAUAUGGCUCUAACAUAAAUGCAUUGUUAUACAUGUUACUGUUGACAUUUUGAAAAUAUGAAUAAAAAAAUUAUAAAGCAACAUAAAAAAAAUACAUACCAAUUU